UUUUUUGUUUCUCUUACAGAAGAGAACAAGACUAGAGAGGUGUACAGCUCUACACAAUGGACGCUAGCAUAGCAAGAGACACAAUGCCCUAGAAGCCGCCCAAAAGCUUCCUGCUUUUGGCUUUGGGCCUCCCUUGAUUACUUACUAUUCCUACUACGUAGUACUAUUAGCUUCCAAAGAUUUUAUUUUCUUUCAUUCAGAAGGAGCAGAGAGAAAUAAAUUCCCUUGGCGAGAUUCGUGUGGAAAUGAGUUGGGUGUUAGGACCACUCAUAAAUUCUGCCUGUUCUUUCAGAUCUGUUCCGUGCUGUGCUUUUGCUUUGCAACGAGAAGAAAUUCUCUCGGCCCAGGACAGGGCGCUCCCUCUGCUUCGAGUUGGAGGUUGGGGCUUCGGUUCUUGGCAAAAAUCUCUCGUCUAGUCAUGGACUGUGUGUUGAGUUGUGUUGAUUUCUCUCCUUGUGUGAGUCCAUUUCCAGUGGAGCUUGUUCUUGAAUCCCGUACUAUUCAAAGCAGAAAUCGAUUUCUUGCUUAAAAAUCCUUCCCUUUUUUCUUUGGUUUCGUUGCAGCGCAAUCACCGUUCCCUUCUUGCUUAAAUCUCGCAGUUCACAGCUUCCCAAACUCGUUUCCUGCCUCGAUUUCAUCGUAUCUUCAGGUCGGUUUUUGCUCAUCUUCGCCGAUUUGUUCCUGAGAGCCUAUAAAAACCCCACCUUUUCCUCUUCCACUCCACGGGCUGGUGUUUUGCUUGGUGAUUUCUUCUCGCAAUGGGCAACACGUUCGCGUGCAUGCCGCACAAGGACCACCGGGGCGCGGCCGCGGUGUCGCGCAGCAAGCGGAUGGGGAGCGCGCGGUCGGCGCGCGGUGCGCCGAAGCUGACGCCGGCGGAGGAGGAGCUCCUGCACCGGCAGGCGCUGGCCAUGGCCAUCCACCAGCACCUCGACGCCGGCGGCUCCAUGUCUCGCCGCAUCGACGCCGGGGCGUCCCUGUCCCGCCGCAUGGGGCCCGGUUCCACCAGCUCCCGCCGCCGCGGCGACCUGCCGGAUUCUGUCACGAACGCCAAGAGCGUGAAAAUUGUUCUGGAGAACCUAGAGACAAAGAAAAUUGUCCUUAUUCAUGGAGAAGGAUUUGGUGCUUGGUGUUGGUACAAGACCAUCUCUCACUUGGAGGAGUCUGGUCUUGAUCCUGUCGCCUUAGACCUCACAGGUUCUGGUAUAGACCAUACUGAUACAAAUAGCAUAGCUACAUUAGCAGAUUACUCCAAGCCUUUAAUUGAUUACCUUGAUAAACUUCCUGAGAAUGAGAAGGUUAUCUUGGUUGCCCAUAGUUGCGGAGGUGCAAGUGUCUCAUAUGCGUUAGAACACUGCCCCAAAAAGAUCUCAAAGGCGAUAUUUCUUGCUGCCACCAUGGUUAAGGAUGGCCAGCGGCCCUAUGACGUGUUCUCAGAGGAUCUUCGUUCAGCAGAUGUUUUCUUGCAAGAAUAUCAGUUUUUCAUUUUUGGUAAUGGAAAGGACAAGCCUCCUACUGGUCUCAUGUUUGAUAAACAGCAGAUCAAGGGGCUCUAUUUCAACCAAACUCCUUCCAAGGAUAUGGCGCUAGCUGCGGUGUCCAUGAGGCCGAUCCCUCUAGCCCCGAUCAUGGAAAAGCUCUCCCUUACCUCUGAAAAUUAUGGCACCGUCCGCCGCUACUUCAUUCAGACGCUUGAUGACCACAUGCUCUCGCCUGAUGCGCAGGAGAAGGUGGUCUGUGAGAACCCUCCUGACGGCAUCUUCAAGAUAAAGGGCGCCGACCACUGCCCUUUCUUCUCGAAGCCCCAGUCCCUCAACAAGAUCUUGCUCGAGAUUGCGCAGAUCCAGGCUCCGGCGACAUUGCUCCCAGGCAAAGCAGGCGCAGAGGAAACCGCUGCCGUUGCGAAAUCGUGACUCUAUGUAUGUACUGUACAUGAAACGAGUAGCACAUAGGUUGCAAAAGGAGACGCGGGGAUUAAUUGAAAUCAGCGGUCACAUAAUAAUUUUUUUAUCGAACACGCACGAGAACUAUAUAUAUCAUUAUAUGAAGAAGAUAAGCAGUCAAA